AUGCGACUUAUCAACACCAAUGACGGCUGGUUCGAGGAGUUUAUAUGCAACGAUAUUCCACCAUACCCAAUCCUAUCACACACGUGGGAAGAUGGAGAGAAGAAGAUUGACAUGACGUGUCGGAUAGCGAAAAAGGACGGAUACCAAUACGCCUGGGUUGUCACCUGUUGCAUCGACAAAUCCAGCAGCGCUGAGCUAACCGAGGCUAUUAAGUCCAUGUAUCAGUGGUACCAACAGUUUUCAGUGUGCUACGUCUUUCUUUCCGACCUCCCGCCUCCGCAAGUCGCCCCUUUGGAAAUUGCUCUAUCACGAUGCCGGUGGUUUGCUCGUGGAUGGACUCUCCAAGAGCUGAUCGCCCCAGCAAACGUGGUAUUCUUCGACGGGGAGUGGAAGGACAGGGGCGACAAAGAAACGCUAAUAGACCAUCUUGUCUCCAUUACUGGAAUCAACAAGGGCAUCCUGAGACACACACAGUCAUUAUCGAGCAUGUCGGUUGCCCAAAAAAUGAGCUGGGCGGCUUCCAGGACCACAACAAGAAUAGAGGAUACGGCCUACUCCAUGCUCGGCUUUUCAACGUCAACAUGA